GAGCUCUACGAGACAGCCAUCGAGUUCCUCAAGCUGGAGAAGGUGGAGCUGGGCGGCGUGAGGGGCAACAUCUUCGGCAGCCAGGUCUUCCAGAUCUACGAGGAGGUCGCCGAGCUCGUGAGGGUCUUUGCGGACUGCAAGUACGACCCGCUGGACCCUGCGGAGGAGCAACUGGAUAAAGAUUUUGCCGAGUUCCAGAACAAAAUCCAGGAUUUUGACCGGCGCCUGACGACCAUCUUCUGCCAAGGGUUUGAUGACUGCAACAGCAUGGCCUCUGCUGUGAAGCUGGUGCACAUGUUUUCGUCGCUGUUGGAGCGACCCCUGAUCAAGGCGGAGGUUUCCCCCUACUACUCAGCGCUGCUGGAGAUGUUCAACACGGAGCUGGACAACGCCAAGACCAUGUAUGAUGCGCAGAUCGCGGCGGCGAAGGCGGCAGGGGGCAUCCCACCCAUCAACAAGAACAUGCCGCCCGUGGCCGGGCAGCUCAAGUGGGCACUGGAGCUGCAGGAGAGGCUGGAGGGGCCCAGGAAGGACCUUUGGGCCAUCGACCACCCCGUCAUGGCCAGCGCGGAGGCUCAGCUGGUGGCCGGGAAGUACGAGGAGAUGAUCGAGCUGCUGCGAGGGUACCGGGAGAAGACCUACGCUGAGUGGAUCAGCAGGGUGGACCAGGACUGCCAGUUCAACCUGGAGCAGCCCCUGAUCCUGAGGGACCCCGAUUCAUCCCUCAUUAGCGUCAACUUCAGCAGAGAGCUCGUCGCGGUCCUCCGCGAGGUCAAGUACCUCAACUUCCAGCAGCAGAAGGACAUCCCAGCCAGCGCGGAGAGCCUCUUCGCGCAGAACGAGAUGUUCCGGAAGUUUGUGGACAACCUGGACCUCAUUGUCACCUGGUACAACAAGGCAAGCGCCCCGCUUGCCCGGAGCGCCCCACUGGCCAUGGGCCAGCGCGUCCUGCCGCGGCCAACGGCCCCGCGCUCCGUCUGGAACAAUGCGAUCGUUGUCCUCGCAGGCGUCAUGGAGUACAUCCAAGAGAUGAGAGAUGUUGUGUAUAACUUAGAGACCAGAAUCCAGAAAGCAAAGUUAAAUGUGGAAAAUAUCAUCCACCUCAUGGAGGAGUGCUCGGCCACCCCGUUGUUUGAAAGGAAGGACAACAAGGAGACGGCACUGCUGGACUUGGAUGGGAAAGCGACUCACUUAAACAAGCGCUACACGGCCAUUAGGGAUGUGGGCACAAAGAUCCAGAACAUGGUGAUGGAAAAUGCGGAUCUAUUUAAGGCUGAUACGUCAUCGGAGAAAUGGCUGAACUACGUGGAAUACAUAGACGAGAUGAUACUGGAUGGGUUUUUCAAGCUUAUCCACAAAUCCUUACAGUUCCUGCUCAGCAACAUGGUCCCAGAUGCCAGCGUGGCCCCGCUGUUCGAGGCGCACAUGGAGCUCUACGAGGACCGCGUGCGGCACCAGCCGCCCAUGGAGGUGGGCGAGGACAACAACUUCUUCGAGCUGGUGGACGGCCUGCUCAAGGACAUCUACGCCGCGGCCACGUUCAUCCCGCGGCUGGUGCAGGGCAAGCUCAACUACCAGACCGACCUGGAGGACAUGGCGGACCUGAGCGAGAUGCGGGAGGAGGUGGUGUCGCUGGUGGUGAGCGCCAUGAAGCAGGCGAGCGAGCACGAGGCCUCCUUCGAGGGUUACUCCUACCUGUGGCUGGACGACCCCCAGGAGUUCCUGCAGCGCUUCCUCACCUUCGGGCGGGCCCUCACGCCCGACGAGCUGGAGUCGCACGACGAGUUCGAGAACUGCCGCGUGUUCGGCGGCUGGCUGCAGGGCGACUGCCGGCCCUUCAAGCAGGCGCUGCUCAACAUCAUCAAGCGAUGGAGCCUGCUCUUCAAGCAGCACCUCAGCGACCACGUCACCACCAGCCUGCAGGAGCUGGAGAACUUCAUGAAAGAGGCCAACGCCGGCCUGACGAAACCCCUCCAAGAGGGCGACUACGACGGGCUGGUGGAGGUGAUGGGCCACCUGAUGCGGGUGAAGGACAGGCAGGCGGCUACGGACAGCAUGUUCCAGCCCCUCAAGGAAACGAUCGCGCUGCUGAAGACCUACGGGGAGGAGAUGCCCGAGGAAAUCCACCAGCAGCUCCACGACCUGCCGGAGCAGUGGAACAACACCAAGAAGCUCUCCUUCCAAGUGAAGCAGAAUGUGGCGCCGCUGCAGGCCAACGAGGUCAACAUCCUGCGCAGGAAGUGCCAGCAGUUCGAGGUCCGGCAGCACGAGUUCAGGGAGAAGUUCCGGGAAUGCGCCCCCUUCUCCUACAGUGACCCCGAGCCCUACAAGUCCCUGAAUAAGCAACAGAAGAGCAUCGCCGCGCUGGAGAGCGACAUGGCAGCGCUGUCCACGUCAGCGGGGCUCUUCGAGGUGUCUGUCCCCGACUACAAGCAGCUCAAGGCCUGUCACAAGGAAGUGCGGCUGCUCAAGGAGCUCUGGGACAUGAUCGUCCUGGUCAACACCAGCAUUGAUGACUGGAAGACCACCAAGUGGAAGGACAUCAACGUUGAGCAGAUGGAUAUCGACUCCAAGAAGUUCGCUAAAGACAUUCGAAGUUUGGAUAAGGAGAUGAGAAGCUGGGACGCGUUCACUGGGCUGGACAACAGCGUGAAGAACAUGAUCACGUCCCUGCGGGCGGUGAACGAGCUGCAGAACCCGGCCAUCCGGGACCGGCACUGGCACGAGCUCCUGCAGGCUGCCAAGGUGCCCUGGCCCUGUGAACUUAAGCGGACCGGCGCGGAGCUGCUGCAGCUGAACCUGCACAAGUUUGAGGACGAGGUUCGCGGCAUCGUGGACAAGGCCGUCAAGGAGUCGGGCAUGGAGAAGGUGCUGAAGGCUCUGGACGUGACCUGGUCGGCGAUGCAGUUCGAACACGAGCCCCACGCCAGGACCGGCACCAUGCUGCUCAAGUCGGACGAGGCGCUCAUCGAGACGCUGGAGGACAACCAGGUGCAGCUGCAGAACCUCAUGACGUCCAAGUACUUGGCCUUCUUCCUCCAGGAGGUGUCCAGCUGGCAGCAGAAGCUCUCCACCACCGACUCCGUCAUAAGCAUCUGGUUUGAGGUACAGAGAACGUGGAGCCACCUCGAGAGCAUCUUCAUUGGCUCUGAAGACAUCCGCAAUCAGCUGCCGGAAGACUCCCAGCGUUUUGACUCUAUCGAUAAGGAUUUCAAAGAACUAAUGGCAGACGCAGUGAAAACCCCCAACGUAAUCGAAGCAACAAAUAAGCCUGGGCUCUAUGACAAGUUAGAAGCCUUGCAGAAAAGAUUGGCGCUUUGUGAGAAGGCUUUGGCCGAAUACCUAGAGACGAAACGCUUGGCUUUCCCCAGAUUCUACUUUGUUUCUUCUGCAGACCUGCUUGACAUUUUAUCUAACGGAAACGAACCCGCGGAGGUGGCCCGUCACCUGUCGAAGCUGUUUGACAGUCUUGCUAAACUGAAGUUCAGGAUGGGCCCGGACAACAAGCCCCUGAAGAUUGGCCUGGGGAUGUUCAGCAAGGAGGACGAGUACGUGGAUCUGGACAAGGACUGCGACUUGUCUGGCCAGGUCAGCAGCCCGGGGCUGAGGACGCGUCUUUGGCUUGUUGUGCCUGGCCACAGCUCGAAAAAUGCAACCGCCUACGUGCAGAAGCCUCGGGAGCAGUGGGUGUUCGACUACCCGGCGCAGAUCGCGCUGACAUGCACCCAGAUCUGGUGGACCACAGAAGUUGGCAUUGCCUUCUCGAGGCUGGAGGAAGGAUAUGAAAAUGCAAUUAAAGAUUAUAACAAAAAGCAGAUUAAUCAGCUGAACGCACUGAUCUCACUGCUCCUUGGAAACCUGACUCCAGGAGACAGGAUGAAGAUCAUGACAAUCUGCACCAUAGACGUUCAUGCCAGGGACGUCGUGGCCAAAAUGAUCCUUGCAAAGGUGGGAGUCACAAGGUCUGAUUUUCAGUGCUUUGCCUCUUGGUGCUUCCGAGUGAAGUGUGUCCAGGACGCCAUCCGCGCCAAGAAGAAAAAGUUCAAUUUCCUGGGGGAGAUGAUCUCUCUAAUCCCGUCAGUUGGGCUGUUCAUCACCAUGAAUCCUGGCUACGCGGGACGGACAGAGCUGCCGGAGAAUUUAAAAGCUCUGUUCAGACCCUGUGCCAUGGUCGUCCCAGACUUCGAGCUUAUCUGUGAAAUCAUGCUUGUUGCAGAAGGUUUUAUUGAUGCUAAGCUUCUAGCAAGAAAGUUUAUUACUCUGUACACACUGUGCAAAGAGCUACUGUCCAAACAGGACCAUUACGACUGGGGGCUGCGGGCCAUCAAGUCCGUGCUGGUGGUAGCCGGCUCCUUGAAGAGAGGCCGCCCCGGCCGCGCGGAGGACCAGGUCCUCAUGAGGGCCCUGCGAGACUUCAACAUCCCCAAGAUCGUGACGGACGACCUGCCCGUGUUCAUGGGGCUCAUCGGAGACCUCUUCCCGGCUCUGGACGUCCCCCGCAAGCGGGACCUGAACUUCGAGAAGGUGCGAGCGCGGGCCGGGCGCCGGGGGCUCGUCCGGCGGCAGGGCCCGUCCCGGCGCCGCUCAGCGCCCUGCCUCCCGCAGCUCAUCAAGCAUCCCAUGGCCACGAAUGCCCGUGCGGGCGCAGGGCUGAGCGGCACCGUCCCGCAGGUGCUGAAAUCCCUCCACAAGACCUACCAGAUCAUGAAGCGGAAGCCGGUGGCUGUGGACCUGGACCCCAAAGCCGUGACCUGCGACGAGCUCUUCGGGAUCAUCCACCCGUCAACCCGCGAGUGGAAGGACGGUCUCUUCUCCUCCACCAUGCGCGACCUGGCCAACAUCACCCACAAGGGGCCCAAGUGGAUCAUCCUCGAUGGAGAUAUCGACCCCAUGUGGAUUGAGUCCCUGAACACGGUCAUGGAUGACAACAAGGCCCUCACCUUGGCCAGCAACGCCCUCAACCCCACCAUGCGGCUGCUCUUCGAGAUCAGCCACCUGCGGACGGCCACGCCGGCCACCGUGUCUCGCGCGGGGAUCCUCUACAUCAACCCCGCCGACCUGGGCUGGAACCCGGUGGUCACCAGCUGGAUCGAGAAGAGGACGGUGCAGUCCGAGAAGGCCAACCUCAUGAUCCUCUUCGAUAAGUACCUGCCCACGUGCCUGGAGAAGCUCAAGUUCGGCUUCAAGAAGAUCACGCCGGUGCCGGAGAUCACGGUGAUCCAGACCACGCUGUACCUGCUGGAGUGCCUGCUCACGCCGCAGCACACGCCGCCCGACUCCCCGCGCGAGCUCUACGAGCUCUACUUCGUCUUCGCCUGCGCCUGGGCCUUCGGGGGGGCCAUGUUCCAGGACCAGCUCGUGGACUAUCGCGUGGAGUUCAGCAAGUGGUGGGUCAACGAGUUCAAGACCAUCAAGUUCCCCUCCCACGGGACCAUCUUCGACUACUACAUUGACCCUGAGACAAAGAAAUUCAUGCUCUGGACAGAAAAGGUGCCCAAAUUUGAACUUGACCCAGAGGUGCCUUUACAGGCUUCCAUGGUGCACACGACCGAGACCAUGCGGAUCCGCUACUUCAUGGACCUGCUCAUGGAGAAGCAGUGGCCGGUGAUGCUGGUGGGGAACGCGGGGACAGGGAAGUCGGUCAUGAUGGGGGACAAGCUGGAGGCGCUCAGCACGGACGACUACCUGGUGCAGUCCGUGCCCUUCAACUUCUACACCACGUCGGCCAUGCUGCAGGCCCUGCACCAGAAGGUCACGUCCACCUUCCUGCCCACCGCCAUCAAGUUCCACUACAUCUUCAACCUCCGCGACCUCUCAAACAUCUUCCAGGGGCUGCUGUUCUCCACCCCCGAGUGCCUCCGCGCGCCCCUGGACCUGGUGCGUCUCUGGCUGCACGAGGCCGCGCGGGUGUACGGGGACAAGCUGGUCGACGAGAAGGACCAGGACAGCUUCGGCCGCCUCCUCACCGCCACCUGCAAGAAGUUCUUCGACGACUUCAGGGAAGACCAGAUGUUCGCCAAGCCCAACAUCUACUGCCACUUCGCCCAGGGCAUCGGGGAGCCCAAGUACCUGCCGGUGCCCAGCUGGCCCUCCCUGAACAAGCUGCUGGCGGAGGCCCUGGACAGCUACAACGAGGUCAACGCCGUGAUGAACCUGGUGCUCUUCGAGGACGCCGUGUCUCACGUCUGCCGCAUCAGCCGCAUCCUGGAGUCUCCCCGCGGGAACGCGCUGCUGGUGGGAGUCGGCGGCAGCGGGGAGCAGGGCCCGUCCCGUUUUGCUGCUGCCUCAGGCAGCAUCACCCAGCAAAGAGCCACAGCAGCCAGCCCAAGGGGCCCGAUGGACCUGGCCUCCCAGUACAUCAAGGCCGCCGUGAAGAACAUCCCCACCGUCUUCCUGAUGACCGACUCCCAGGUGGCCGAGGAGCCCUUCCUGGUCCUCAUCAACGACUUCCUGGCGUCUGGAGAGAUCCCGGGGCUCUUCCAGGACGAUGACCUGGAAAAUAUCAUGAAUUCCAUGAGGCCGCAAGUCAAGUUCCUUGGAUUGCAAGACUCACGGGAAAACUGCUGGAAACUCUUUAUUGAAAAAGUCAGACGACAGCUAAAGGUCAUCCUCUGCUUCUCGCCGGUGGGCUCCACGCUGCGCGUGCGCGCCAGGAAGUUCCCGGCCGUGGUGAGCUGCACGGCCAUCGACUGGUUCCACGAGUGGCCCCAGGACGCGCUCGUCUCUGUCAGCAGCCGGUUCCUGGAGGAGACUGCGGGCAUCGAGCCGGAGGUCAAGGCCUCCAUCAGCCAGUUCAUGUCCUUCGUCCACACGAGCGUUAAUGAGAUGUCCAAGACCUACCUGGCCAUGGAGAGACGCUAUAACUACACCACGCCAAAAACCUUCCUGGAGCAGAUAAAGCUCUACCAAAACCUGCUCUCCAAGAAAAGACAGGAGCUUGUGGCCAAGAUCGACCGGCUGGAGAACGGCCUGAUGAAGCUGCAGAGCACAGCAUCCCAGGUCGACGACCUGAAGGCCAAACUGGCCAUCCAGGAGGCAGAGCUGAAGCAGAAGAACGAGGACGCGGACAAACUGAUCCACGUGGUAGGUGUCGAAACGGAGAAGGUCAGCAAGGAGAAAGCCAUCGCUGACGAGGAGGAGCUGAAGGUCCAGGUCAUCAACACGAACGUGGCAGAGAAGCAGCGCGCCUGCGAGACCGACCUGGCGAAAGCGGAGCCAGCGCUGGUGGCCGCCCAGGAGGCCCUCAACACCCUCAACAAGAACAACCUGACGGAGCUGAAGUCCUUCGGGUCCCCGCCGCAAGCGGUGGUGAACGUCACGGCAGCCGUGAUGAUCCUGACGGCGCCGGGGGGCAGGAUCCCCAAGGAUAAAAGCUGGAAGGCAGCAAAAAUCAUGAUGGGAAAGGUGGACACCUUCCUGGAUGCCUUGAAGAAGUUCGACAAGGAGCACAUCCCCGAGGCCUGCCUCAAGGCCUUCAAGCCCUACCAGUCGGACCCGAAUUUCGACCCCGAGUCCAUCCUGUCCAAGUCGACGGCCGCUGCGGGGCUCUGCUCCUGGUGCUUGAACAUCGUCCGCUUCUACGAGGUCUACUGCGACGUGGCGCCCAAGCGGCAGGCGCUGGAGGAGGCCAACGCGGAGCUGGCCGAGGCGCAGGACAAGCUCACCCGUAUCAAGAACAAAAUCGCGGACCUGAAUGCCAACUUGGCCACUCUCACAGCAGAGUUUGAGAAAGCCACAGCUGAAAAAAUCAAGUGUCAGCAAGAGGCAGAUGCCACCAACAGAGUCAUCACGUUAGCCAACAGGCUGGUCGGGGGUCUGGCGUCCGAAAACGUGCGCUGGGCCGAGUCCGUGGAGACCUUCCAGGCGCAGGAGAAGACGCUGUGCGGGGACGUGCUGCUCAUCUCCGCCUUCGUCUCCUACGUCGGCUUCUUCACCCAGAAGUACCGGGCCGCGCUGAUGGACAAGCCCGCCGCCGGGGUGGCAGCCUGGAGCACCCAGGGGCUGCCCAGUGACCGCAUGUCCACCGAGAACGCCACCAUCCUGUGCAACACUGAGCGCUGGCGACUCAUCGUGGACGCCCAGCUCCAGGGCAUCAAGUGGAUCAAGAACAAAUACGGGCAGGAGCUGAAGGCCAUCCGGCUGGGCCAGCGCAACUACCUGGACACCAUCGAGCAGGCGGUGUCGCAAGGGCACACGCUGCUCAUCGAGAACAUCGGCGAGACUGUGGAGCCGGUGCUGGACCACCUGCUGGGCAGGAACACCAUCAAGAAGGGCCGGUACAUCAAGAUAGGGGACAAGGAGGUGGAGUAUCACCCGCACUUCCGCCUCAUCCUGCACACCAAGUACUUCAACCCGCACUACAAGCCGGAGAUGCAGGCGCAGUGCACGCUCAUCAACUUUCUGGUGCCCCGCGACGGGCUGGAGGACCAGCUGCUGGCCGCCGUGGUGGCCAAGGAGCGCCCGGACCUCGAGAGCCUCAAGGCAAAUCUCACCAAAAGCCAGAACGAGUUCAAGAUCAACCUGAAGGAGCUGGAGGACUCGCUGCUCGCCCGGCUCUCCGCGGCCUCGGGGGAUUUCCUGGGGGACACGGCGCUGGUGGAGAACCUGGAAACCACGAAGCGCACGGCCAUGGAGAUCGAGGAGAAGGUGAAGGAAGCCAAAGUCACCGAAAUGCAGAUAAACGUCGCCAGGGAACAUUACCGGCCGGCGGCGGAAAGAGCCUCGCUGCUCUACUUCAUCCUGAGCGACCUCAACAAGAUCAACCCCAUCUACCAGUUCUCCCUGAAGGCCUUCAACGUGGUCUUCGAGAAGGCCAUCCAGCGCACCAGCCCGGCCGACGAGGUCAAGCAGCGCGUGCUCAACCUCACGGACGAGAUCACCUACUCGGUGUACAUGUACACGGCCCGGGGGCUCUUCGAGAAGGACAAGCUCAUCUUCCUGGCGCAGGUGGCCUUCCAGGUGCUGACGGUGAAGAAGGAGGUGAACCCGGUGGAGCUGGAUUUCCUGCUGCGCUUCCCCUUCAAGGCCGGCGUGGCGUCGCCCGUGGACUUCCUGCAGGCCCAGGGCUGGGGCGGCAUCAAGGUGCUCUCGGAAAUGGACGAGUUCAAGAACCUGGACAGCGACAUCGAGGGAUCGGCAAAGCGCUGGAAGAAGUUCGUGGAGUCGGAGACGCCCGAGAAGGAGGUGUUCCCCAAGGAGUGGAAGAACAAGACGGCGCUGCAGAAGCUGUGCAUGCUGCGCUGCAUGCGCCCCGACCGCAUGACCUACGCCGUGAGGAACUUCGUGGAGGAGAAGAUGGGGAGCAAGUUUGUGGAAGGCAGAAGCGUCGAGUUUGCCAAGUCCUACGAGGAGAGCAGCCCGUCCACAGCCAUCUUCUUCAUCCUCUCGCCCGGUGUCGACCCGCUGAAGGACGUGGAAGCCCUAGGCAAAAAGCUGAACUUCACCAUUGACAAUGGGAAAAUCCACAACGUGUCACUGGGACAAGGCCAGGAGACCGUGGCGGAGAACGCGCUGGACGUGGCCUCUGAGCAGGGCCACUGGGUCAUUCUGCAGAACAUCCACCUGGUAGCCCGGUGGCUGAGCACGCUGGACAAGAAGGUGGAGCGCUACAGCACGGGCAGCCACGCCGACUACCGCGUGUUCAUGAGCGCCGAGCCGGCGCCCAGCGCCGAGACGCACAUCAUCCCGCAGGGGCUGCUGGAGAACGCCAUCAAGAUCACCAACGAGCCGCCCACGGGCAUGCACGCCAACCUGCACAAGGCGCUGGACCUCUUCACGCAGGACACGCUGGAGAUGUGCAGCCGGGAGAUCGAGUUCAAGUGCAUCCUGUUCGCGCUCUGCUAUUUCCACGCCGUGGUGGCCGAACGGCGCAAGUUCGGAGCGCAGGGCUGGAACCGCUCCUACCCCUUCAACAACGGCGACCUGACCAUAUCCAUUAACGUGCUCUACAAUUACCUGGAGGCCAACCCCAAGGUCCCCUGGGACGAUCUCCGCUACCUCUUCGGGGAGAUCAUGUACGUCCCCACCCCGGCCGACUGGGACCGCCGCUUGUGCCGGACCUACCUGAGCGAGUACAUCCGCGCGGAGAUGCUGGAGGGAGAGACCUACCUGGCGCCAGGGUUUCUGAUCCCGCCCAACCUGGAUUACAAGGGCUACCACGAAUCCAUCGACGAGAACCUGCCCCCAGAGAGCCCCUACCUGUACGGCCUUCACCCCAACGCAGAAAGUCCCUGCGCCAGGAUAACCACUAACGCUCCCGAGGGCAGAGCGGGUUUACGGGCGUUCCUGCAGGUGAAGGCAGUCCUGGACGAGAUCAUCGAGAAGCUGCCGGAGCCCUUCAACAUAGCAGAGAUCAUGGCCAAGGCAGUGGAUAAGACGCCCUACGUCGUGGUGGCCUUCCAGGAAUGUGAAAGAAUGAACAUCCUAACCCACGAGAUCAGGCGCUCCUUGAAGGAGCUGAAUUUGGGGCUGAAGGGCGAGCUGACCAUCACGUCGGACAUGGAGGAGCUGGCCAACGCGCUCUUCUACGACAGCGUGCCCGAGUCCUGGACGCACUUCGCCUACCCCUCGCUCCUGGGCCUGGGCGCCUGGUACACCGACCUGCUGCUCCGCAUCCGGGAGCUGGAGGUCUGGACCACGGACUUCGUGCUGCCCGCGACCGUGUGGCUGGCGGGAUUCUUUAAUCCCCAGUCCUUUCUCACUGCCAUCAUGCAGUCUAUGGCUCGAAAAAACGAGUGGCCACUGGACAAGAUGUGUCUCUCGGUGGAAGUGACCAAGAAACACCGCGAGGAUAUGACAGCUCCCCCUCGAGAAGGCUCCUACGUACACGGAUUAUUCAUGGAAGGCGCUCGCUGGGACAUCCCCUCCGGAGCCAUCGCCGACGCGCGCCUGAAGGAGCUGACGCCCAUGAUGCCGGUCAUCUUCAUCAGAGCCAUCCCCGUGGACCGCAUGGACACCAAGAACAUCUACGAAUGCCCCGUCUACAAGACGCGGAUGCGGGGUCCCACCUACGUCUGGACCUUCAACCUGAAGACGAAAGAGAAGGCAGCCAAGUGGAUUCUUGCCGCUGUGGCUCUGCUCCUGCAGAUCUAG